GGGGAAAAGGUAGACGUUUUAUUGUUUUUUAAAGUAUUUCCGAGCGAUCGACUCCGCCUGUGACGCAGUUGCAGGAGUGGGCGGUUGAUGACGCGGUGGGCGCCUCCAUUGAGCGCCGAGGGAGCGUUUAAAUGCACACGCUCUGCUUGUGCGCCAAGUUGGACCAAAACACUGCAACUUGGCUGCAGCUAACAUGAGAAACCAACGCUUUGGUCUCAGAACACGCUAUCUCGGCGGAGGGGACUAUAAUAUCACUCGCAUUUCCUAAGACAGGAUGGAACUCCCUGAUGAGAGAGAUUGGAUUUCUGUUGCCAAUGAUCUUCUUAACAAGUGCCAUAUUAACCGGAAGGUGACAAAACUCUGUGAGUGUGAUGCAAAUGUGUUUGUUGCCCUCUACAAUGCUAUUCUCGGUGAAAAGGUCCCAGAUUACAUAACUACCCCCAAAAGCCAAGAAGAUGAUGCCCAUAACGUGCAGGCUGUGAUAGAUUCACUGGCUUUGGAUUACUUGCAAAUUAGUUUGUCUCACAUAACAGGAGAGAAUAUUGUUCAGAAUAACAAAGAAAGUAUCAAAAAUCUGUUGGAAAUCUUUGAUGGUUUACUGGAAUACCUUACAGAGCAGAUAAGUGAGGCCUCUUCACAGCACGAUGAUCCUGACCUGCUAUCCAGUGAAGCAAUCUCUGUAAUUAGAGGUGUACUUCAAGAGGAGCUGGGAGCUUCACUUAAAGAAAAGUUACCUGGAACAGGAGAACACUUGUCAAAAGACUCAUCUUCAGUUCCUACCUGGGAUGGAAAUGGAUCUGAAUCUACCAAUGAACUCAUCCGACUUGGUGAAUCAGCUUGUACAUAUAGCCACAGAAUUAGCACAGACCUACCUGAAUUUCAAUGGAGUAGUGGUCAGCAAUCAGGAAAAAAGUUAAAGCUGAGGACCCAAGGGCAAAAUGGGAUCUGCUCAUUUCCUGCUAGUUCUGUUCCACAUGAUGCCAACCAGGAAGAAAUUCAAAAAUCGGCAAGGUCUCCGGAUAUCUUCCCCUUGAGAGCUCCGUCCACUGGACCAGGCACUAAUGCUCUGCAACUUGGAGAACCCAUCCGGCCUGCUAUUCCCUUGCAAUCCCCAUACCACCCUGCCAAAUAUCCACUGCAAGGUGUAGAAUUGAUCAGUUCUCAGCCCAGAUCCCAUUUGAUGGUCAAUCGAGAACAGCAACUCGAUACUUCGAGAAAAAGUCCAAUUCUUGCAGAAGGACCAAAAGUGUAUCCAGCAUCUACAGGCCACAGCUUACCAGAAAGAACUGACAGAUGUUCUACAAGCAAGUUACUAUCAAGUAUACCCUUGGAUCCCUUGAAGGAAGGUGUGCUGCAGGAGUUGCAAGAUUCAGAGGAUGUUUUGGAGAGGAAUCUGGAAUCUCUGAGCACUGUAGAAACUGCUGCAGUGAAUUCCAACAGUGUACAGAAACGAGUUGCAUUCCAAACGGAACCGGAUAUCAGAGUUCUGACCAUGCAGAGUAAAACCGAUCAAUGGGAUGAGCUGUUGGAAGAAGAAGAGGGGGUGACCAACCAGUGUGAGCAUUCGGCUACAAGCAACUCGUGGCGGAAUGACAUUGGGAAUGAAGAAAGUUCCUUUUCAAGUAAAAUUGAAAGUCAAAGGGUUUCAGUUCGAGAUGAACCUCUUUCUCACCGAAGAGCCCAGAACAUUCUUGCAGAAGAGGAACUACAUGAGAUGUCUGCGAAGCUGUCUCAGAAACUGCAUCAACUCGAUACGAUUCUGAAACGAGCCCUGAAUGACAAGAGUGAAGCUCGUGAUUUUAAAGAAGAGGAUAAAUUAUCUCAGCACAGUGAUAGCAUCACAGAAUAUAGAAGAGUCCACCGUUUACCAGCAACGCCACUGCUCAGGAAGACUGGCCGAGCCAGAGCUCGCUCUCUUUCUCCUUCUCCACCUCGACAAACUCUACGAGCUGAAUUUGAAGAUGCUCUCAACAAAGAUUCAAAGGGCGAAAUGAGGAAAAUCCGCAGAGAUCUACAGCAGGAAAUGGACCUACAAAGGGUGAAAGCCAAGGCAGUGAGUGAGUGUUACAAAGACGAACUGGAACAUUACAAGAAAAAAGAGAAAGCUAAAAUUGGAAAAGAAGUAACAAAAGUGAAGAAAACAGAGCAAGAGUAUAAAGAAAACAUCUUCAAAGAGACUCCAAGAACUCCGCAGCCAGCAAAAGUUUAUUCUGCAAAAACCACACCACGAAAGCCAAAGCCGGGCCAGUGGACGCCAACAGGAGUGGCAAGGCCAAAGAAAGCAAUGCAGAUGAAGAUCCACGAUAACGACCUCCUUCCUUUACUACUGGAAGAGUUCCCCUAUCUGUCCGUGUCUCCGCACACAAUGAACAAAAUGUGGAAGCAGCAGUUCAAGCAGGUGGAACAGCUGACCAAGUCCAGCUCUGAACAAGACCGGAACCAAGCCAAGCUGCAGUCCGCUAUUGAAGAUGCCCAGAGGAAGCAUGACCUGCUGAUGGACAUCAUUAAAAAGGAACAGGAUCACAACCACAGGCUGAAAGAGUUUAAGGAACGCAUCCGGCAGCAGAAGUUGGCCCAGAAUAAGAUGAAGGAACAAAGACAGCAAGUUGCUCGUGCCAAGAAGUACUACAAUGACUACCAUGUUCAACUCCGUGCCAAAAUGAUGAGGGCGAGGACUCGUGAAGAAAGGAUUUUCAAAAACUUGUUUGAGGGUGGUUUGGACAUUCAGAAGCAGAGAUUGCGUGAAUUGAAGGCUUACGCUAAAGAGAAACGGCAAGAACACAAGAUACGGCAAAAGGAAGAGUUACAGUCAAUGGAGAAUUAUUAUCGAGAUCAGUUUUUAAUGUUGGCGGAGACUCUGGCACAAGAGCAGCAGAAAGUUCACAUGCAAGAGACGGCACAAAAUAAGGCACUCCAAAAGUUGAAGAAUGAACUGCGUGGCAAGAUGGAGAAAGAAAUCCGUGAACUGCAGGACAUGAUUACUCGGGACGAUGACAACGUGUACUUCAGAGAACUGGAGGCCGAGCGACUUCAGAGUCAACUACAGAUGGCGUCAUUUCAGUACAGCAAGACUCCAUCACUGUAAACAUUUGCCACACAGUGGGCUGAGUGCUUGUGCAUUUUCUUAAAGGGCUGAACUAAUGAAAGCACAAUAACUAUAUCUCGGAUGUACAUUCAACUACAGCAGGGUCAGAUGGUGGACUCUUGAUUUAAAUUCUUCCUUUUCUUUUAACAAAUCCUCAACUUAAAAUAUAAAUAGGACCAGGUAAUUUCAGGUCGUCUAAGUUUACCGCUGUACUCUCCAUGAAGACUUUAUGUACGAUGUUGGCGGCAGAGAUGUUUUAAUAGAAAUAUUGAAAUUCUACCACGAUCUAUGCUGAAUUAGUGCUCAAAUCUUUUUGCUCUAGUAGGAGCCUGAAGCACUGGCUGGAUUUCAGCCAUGCUUUUACCUGUUCGACCCUGGUGUUAUCUAUACAUGGAUGUUUACAUAAUAUCUCCAUUUGACACUAAUACUGCAUAGCUCAAAAUUACUUUGUACAUUUAUCUUGUACAGUGGAUAACUAGACUAGCUUAUUGAAAGUUGCAUUAACAAUUUUUCUAUGUGAUCAUGUUUUAUUAAACUAAUUUAUUAAA